GGUCAACCUCUGAACGUUUUACUUCCUGGUGUUGUGUGUCGUUGUAAAACAGACCUCAUAGAGCUGCUGUAAGGGCAACUACCGAGAAAAGACUGGAUAACGAUAAUAUUCAAUAAAAUGAUGAUGUCAGAGGUCCUGCAGGUCCUGCGUGGGGCUGGUAAAGUGGGUUCUGCCCUGAUCACGACCCAAGGGGAACAGCUCCGAUUGAUGGCCUGCACCUCUUCAGUGGGGGCAGGAAUCAAAGCUGCUCAGGAUGUAGCCGAAGGGCUGGUGGCCACCUUUAUGGGCAGCACCAAUGAGGUGAGUUCUAUAAAGGAUGAUGUCUUUCCGGGCGCAGAGGGCUGGGAGAAUGUGGAUCCAGAUGAGGCAGCCAAAUGGGCUGUGGGAUCAGAGUUCCCGCCUGGAACUGCAGAGCAAAGCCCAGGAGGGGCAGGACCAACUGCAGGGAUGCACACAGGCUCGGCUCCAGGUGGGACAGGCUGGCCAGGACAGAACGCCCGCUUUCUGCACACCCUCCACAGCCGUCAGCUCUUCUACUGCCAGAGCAGGUCUAUCCAUGACACAGUUUUGGCCAAACUGACUCCAGAGGACAUAAAGAAAGCCAGGGAGGCUAAGCAGGCCAUGGUUAAACCAGUCAGACAGAAGCUGAGUGAGCGUGCCAAAGAGAGGAAGGUUCCUUCCACCAGAAUCAGCCGCCUCGUUAACUUUGGUGGACUGGCAGUUGGUCUGGGUAUUGGUGCCAUUGCAGAGGUGGCCAAACAGUCUCUAGGAGGGAAACAAAAAGGAGACGUUAGUGCCCUGAUGGACUCGCCCUUCCUGUCGGAGGCCAACGCUGAGAGAAUCGUCAACACGCUGUGUAAGGUCCGUGGAGCCGCUCUGAAGAUCGGCCAGAUGCUGAGCAUACAAGACAACUCCUUCAUUAACCCUCAGCUGCAGAAGAUAUUUGAGAGAGUCCGGCAGAGCGCAGACUUCAUGCCCGUGUGGCAAAUGAACAAAGUCCUGGAGGAGGAGCUCGGCCCGGGAUGGAGGGAGAAGCUCUCAUCGUUUGAAGACAAGCCGUUUGCUGCGGCGUCAAUUGGACAGGUGCAUCAUGGGGUGCUGAAGGACGGAAGAGAGAUUGCUAUGAAGAUCCAGUACCCUGGAGUAGCAGAGAGCAUCCAAAGCGACAUAGACAACCUGAUGUCGGUGCUGAGGAUGAGCGUGGCGCUUCCAGAAGGUCUGUUUGCAGACAGCAGCUUGGAGGUUCUGCAGAGAGAACUGGGCUGGGAGUGCGACUAUAAGAGGGAAGCCGAGUGCGCCAAGAAGUUCCGGUCUCUGGUGGAGGGGGACCCAUUUUUCCAGGUCCCAGAGGUGAUCGACGAGUUGUCGGCACGCAGGGUGCUAUCCAUGGAGCUGGUGCACGGAGUUCCUCUGGAUCGCUGCGUAGACCUGGAUCAGGAAACCAGAAACCAGAUCUGUUACAACAUCCUGCAGUUGUGUCUGAGGGAGCUGUUUGAGUUCCGUUUCAUGCAGACCGACCCAAACUGGUCCAACUUCUUCUACAACUCUGAAACCAACAAGGUCAUCCUCUUGGACUUCGGAGCGUGCAGAAGCUACCCAGAAACGUUCACAGAUGACUACAUACAGGUGAUUUAUGCAGCUUCUGUGGGCGAUCGGGACACUGUCCUCUCCAAAUCCAAGGACCUGAAGUUCCUGACAGGCUUUGAGACCAAGGCCUUUAAGGAUGCCCACGUUGAGGCCGUGAUGAUCCUCGGUGAAGCCUUCGCCUCCGCGGAGCCGUUCGACUUCGGCACUCAGAGCACCACACAGCGCAUCCAGGACCUCGUCCCCGUCAUGCUGCGCCAUCGCCUCACUCCUCCCCCUGAGGAGACCUACUCCCUCCACCGCAAGAUGGCCGGCUCCUUCCUGAUCUGCUCCAAACUGAAGGCCAACAUCCCCUGCAAAGACAUGUUCCUGGACGUCUACAACGCCUACAUGCAGAGGAGGCAGGCCGAGAGGACGGUGCAAGCCAGCGCCUAGACAAGCUGAGGGACACUUCUAACCGUCCUAGGUCUAAGUAUGGAGUAUGGAGGAAACAGAGGUGAGAAGAAAAAAAAAAAUGAGGCCAGAGAGCUGGACUGGUCUGUCAUCUGUGAAGGUGCGAGUCAAGCAGAGAGGCUGCUGUAGAGACAAUAAUAUUUAAAAACUGUCUUAUUUUUCUGCUACUGGAGG